AUGUCCAAUGAGUUCUCUGAGUAUGUCACAAAUGAUGUUGGAACGGUGGGCAGGAUGAUCCUGAAAGAUGCCUGUGUAUUCACUCUUCUAGUCCAAGAGUUUGGUACAAAGGGUGUACAGGUUGAGGAAGUAUAUGAUCUUCAGAAACCUAUAGAUGGACCUGUCUAUGGAUUUAUUUUUCUCUUCAAAUGGAUCGAAGAGCGUCGGGCGAGACGUAAGGUUCAGUCAAUCUCGGAUGAUGCAUACGUCACUAAUCCCGGUCUUCUCAGAGAUAUGUUCUUUGCUCAUCAGGUAGUACCAAAUUCCUGUGCAACACAUGCUCUGCUGAGUGUCCUCCUAAAUUGCCAGGACAUUACUUUGGGUAAAACUCUUUCAAAUUUCAAGGAGUUUACUAAAAACUUCAGCCCAGAGGAUCGUGGUGAAGCUAUUGGAAAUGUACCUGAGAUAGCCCAGGCUCACAAUGCCCAUGCACAUCCUGAACCCCCAAGAUUACCAGAGAAAGCAACAGGGGGGAUCACAAGAGCUAGAGAGACCUUUCAUUUUGUCAGCUAUGUCCCUAUAGCAGGACGCCUCUAUGAACUAGAUGGACUCAAACGUGGUCCAUUGGAUCAUGGGCCUUGGGAUGAGAGAGAGGAAUGGACUGCAAAGUUCCAGAGAGUGAUUGCCGAUAGACUUGAGAAUGAAGGUGGAUCAUCUGACAUUAGGUUUAGCUUGAUGGCUGUAGUAGCAGACAAGAAGUUAGCUAUAGAACAGAAGCUCUCUACACUCAGAUCAAAUAGAGAGAUUCUACUCCAGACCCUUAAUCAGCUUGUAGAAUCAACACAAAAACCUCCUCCAGGCAAACUGUCACCUAAGUUAUCAAGAGAUUACAAUACAUCGUUGGAUAUCUAUAAUGCUGCUGAACAUCAUACAGGUUCAACCAUCCCUUCUCUUCAAGCAGACAGUCAAAAUAAAGAGAUUGCUUUAGUCAAAAAGAAGAAAAAGAAAAAGAAGAAAAAGAAGAAGAAGCAUGCCCAGAUUGAUAAAGGUCCAAGCCCAACACCAGUGUACAAAUUACCAGCUGCUCUUGACGGUCACAACUAUUGUAAAUCUCCUCUUUCUUGUGAUGAACAAUCAAUGUCAAGCCCCAAUACAGACUCGGCAGAAUCAGAAAGUGAGGAAGACAAGAGUCUUGACAAGGGUGUCGACAAAACUCCAAAGAAGAAUUCUGAAUUAAGUGGAGAUUCACCUCUUAUUAAAGACAAUCAAAGUAAAUCUGAAACAACCACUGAACAAGAAGGAGGUUCUGAGGGGACAGGUGAAACACUGAAAAAUGAUGAAGGAAAUGUUUGUAUUGUUGUGAAGACAGAUGAUGAUGCUGAUGGAGGUAGUUGGACAGAGAUUGUAGAAAUCAUUGAUGUAGAUGUUGUAGCAGAUAACAAGGAAGAAAGCACUAGUAUGGAGACAAGUACAAAGAGUGAAGGUCACAACAGUGACAUGGACACAAAAGAAAAGGAUAUGAAAGAAAAUGAGACUUUUGAAGAUGAGUGCAUCAAGGAAGAUACAUGUAUGAGUAAAUCAAAAAAUAAACCAGAAAUUAAAGUAGAAAAUGUGUCAGAGAUGAAAGCUGAGACUCAACCAGAAAUCAAGGAGAUUAAACAGGAGGCUAAACUAGACAUUAUAAAACAAGAGAGGAAACUAGAGACUAAACUUGAACCAAGUAAUACCAAUAAGACACUACUCUCUUUCACAGCUAAGAUUCCUCCAGACUUAUGCCAACCUCUGACCAUUCACACAGCCCCGGAUCGCAUCCCAACAUCCCCAUCUCCUAGCAACUACAGCACAGAUACAGCUUCUGAAAUGGGGAGUGCUUUUAACUCUCCUCUAAUCAAGUCUGCUAAUCAGUCUAGGUCUAACAGUCCAACUACCAGCAAAUUAAAUAAAUUUCAGGCCUGGAAAGCUGGUGCUAGCGCAGAUGAGAGGAAUAAGUUGGAAGCUGCCAUUGCUAAGAUUGAAGAUGAAAGGAAGCAAGCUAUUAUUGAUGAGGGAGGGGAAAUUGGAGGACUUGAUAUUGGAAGGCUGAAGUCACUGAGGAAGAGACCCGGUAUUGAUUUUGACGAUACUGAUAUACAAGCUAAGCGACAACUAUUUAAUAAAGAUGGAUCAGGUGGGCGUGGCUCUGGGAAGCGAGAAGCUGCUGUGUGGACAAAGAUCAAGAAAGCUGCUAACAAACAAGAUGAUACACAACACUUUACACCAGGGGAGCUUCUUGAUGUCUUGAAAGGAGUCGAAAAUGAAAUCAGUGUGUAUGAACAAAGACUACAAGAUGAAAGGGAGAAGAGAAACAAGUACAAGAUCGAUGACAAUCGACGGACCCACAACUAUGAUCCAUUCAUCUUCACAUUCCUGUCAAUGUUAGCUGAACAAGGUAAACUUGCACCAUUAGUAGAGAAACAUACUCUUAUCAAGCGUAGACAAGGCAUCUCAUUAGGGAGACUGCAGAGGAACCGUAAGCCUGAUCGCAGGAGAAGAAAGAAUCGCUCCAGAGGUAUCCGCAAGAAGUCUGGAAAGUACAAGUAAUUUCAUUGGAAAAUCAUUGUAAAGAAUUUGAGAGUGUAUUAUCUUGCUAGUAUAAAAUUUUUUGAUCAUGUAACUAUACUA